UUCUGCGGCGCGCGUGUUUUGUCAGCUGUGGUUGCGUUUACGUUUAGUUUGUUUAAUUUUCAAUUUUAAGCUCGAUCUGCGAUGGCCACAAACGCCACAAUAGAGCUGGCGCUGGACCGCGUGGACUGGUGUGCCCUGGCCGAGCGGCAGGACGUCUUGCUGCGCGUCAAUACACCCGGAGAAGUUGUCAUGCCGGAGGCAGGCUUCAUGCGCGGCCACGGCACGUUCGUAGAGGAUGAGAACAUCAAGGCCUCUGUGCGCGUGAUCGAGGUGCAGCAGAAGCGCUGGCGCGUGGACACAAAUUCACGCCUGGACUCCAUACUGCUGCUGUCAUCGGGUAAUUUGCCCGGCGGAGAGCUGAGACGGCGCUCCGCAGAGAAUGAGCAGAUGAUGCGACGCUAUCUGGACGAAGGCGAUCUCAUUUCCGCCGAAGUUCAAAAUAUCUUCGAGGAGGGCACGCUUUCGCUGUACACCCGAAGUUUGAAGUACGGCAAACUGUCCCAAGGCGUACUCGUCAAGGUCUUCCCCGCGCUGGUCAAGCGUCGCAAGAUGCACUUCCACAAUCUGCCCUGUGGAGCGUCCGUGAUCUUGGGCAACAACGGCUACAUCUGGAUAUCGCCCCCCAAAAGUCAGGAUCAGGAGGGCGGCGAGGGUGGCUUUGCCCAGAAUCUGGGAGAAGCGGUGCCACGAAACGAGCGCGAAGUGAUAGUCCGCCUGCGCAACUGCAUCCUGGCCCUAGCAAAAUGCAAACUGUUGCUCUACGACACCAGCAUACAGUAUGCCUACGACGAGUCGCUCAAGUACGAGGCCCACGAACUGCUCCAACAAAACGUCAUAUACGAUAUCGGCGAGCAGACGCAGGCUCGUCUGCGGGAUGGAGAUGAAUAGCCCCGAAUAAACGAACAAUUCGAAAUAUUCCUCCAAA